AUGAAUCACAAAAGCGCGAGGUUGGAUAACGUGGCGCGCCCCACGACCUUCAAAGGAUCACUUCUCUGUUUGUCCUGCCUGUUCUUCCUGGCCCACCCCUUCAUCUUAGCACCCCAAAAUCUGCUCCCAGGUAUUGAACCCAACCGUCCUUAUGACAUCAGAAUCUUAGCUGAGGGGAGCCCAUCAAAUGAGGAAACCCAACUAGGGGAUGCAAAUCCACAAAGCGUGGGGGAAAAUAUAACACAUGAGAACAGCAUGCAGGAAAGCAGCACACAGGUGCACCAAAUCGAACCGACAAACACAUCCCAACAGGUACAUCCAACACAAGCGGUACUCCCAAAGGAAAAAAAAAAAGUCUGUAAUGGAAUCCCAAGAAAUCGAUUAGGGAGCUACAAAACGAGUAGUCCAAACUUGAAGAACCAAAUGAACAAACAAAAUGAAGAAAAAAUACAAUCACAAAAAAAUAAUGACCUCAACAAUGACGAAUACAAUCCUGAGCAAAGUAUAAAACUCACAGAAGAAGAAGUACGCACUAGGCUAAAUAAUUUAAAAGGAAUUGUCUCUAAGAAAGAUAUGUAUGUACUUUGGUUUAACUUCCAUAAUCACUUUGUACGAAGGUACUAUGCCAUGAUGGAAAAAGUAUGGAUGAAUGCAGAAUCUUUUGCAUCCCGCCAUAACAUCCCACAAGAAAAUUUGCAAGAACUUUGGUCGAGAGUCUAUGCCAAUCUCGUUACUGAACUUAGGAAAAAGAGUAAAAGUUGCGUAAAUGACUUUUACGAUUUAUUUGACAAAGGAGAGUGCACAUCUGAUGUGUACUUACCUUUCCUGGAGAGAAGAAAGAAAAUGUGGACCGAUGAUAGCAACAUGAUGAAGUUUCAGUGGUAA